AUGAAUCUCUCUGAAGCCGACUGGGUCAUAUGCAUAGCUUUGGUAAAAUACAAACUCAGAACAAUUAGUAAGCAAAAUAGAGUGUACAUUCCCCUUCUAACUGAUAUAUCUUCGUUUAAUGAAGAUGAGCUUCAGUACUGUGAUCUUAGGCGCCAUCUACCAAGCGAAUUAUCGAAAAAUGACAAGCAAGAGGAGUUGAUUAAUAUAUUCAACCUUAUGUGGGCAAGAAGGAAAAACUGGGAGAACAGUCUUUAUUGCUGUGACAUACUUUUGAACAACCGAACUCUACUUAUUCACCUAUUGGAAGAUUGUACACACCAGCGAUUAUUACUCCAUUACUACGGUAAUUACCGGUUUUUAUUGUUUUAUUUGAAUCAACAGCCAUGCACUAGGCCAACUAUCACUACGGAAGCAGCUACCAUAUCGUUUAGAUGUUAUGAACUGAUUAUUAUAAGUUAUUUUGGACUUGCUACCAAUUAUCACGUUACAAAUAAAGGUAUUCCGAAUCCGAUCAAAAGGCAUUUGAUUGAUGGACUCAUUUUCAAGUUCAUUAAGCAAGAACUAACUGCAUUAAUUACCAAUUGUCCAGGCUAUUUGAACAAGAGUCUAAUUAUUAGAGUACAGAACAAUAUGCUUUUUUUAAAUGUUUGUGUCACUUCACUACAGAAAUCAUUCAUCCAAACUGUAUCCACAAUCAUCAACACAAUGAUAACCACUAGAACAACAGUUUUUAUAACUAAUACAAAUGUGGAGGCUCUAAUGAUAAACCUGGUUACUUUGCUAGAAAGCUUUGUCAGUCUUUUGAAAUGUCAUAAUACCAAAAGCAAAACUGCAUAUGCCAGAAUUAGCUCUGAAACUCGAGAAUGUAAGGAUAAGAGGAUCUAUGCUGCUCUAUAUAAGAAGAACUUCGGAAAAUACAACCAUUCUUACAAACUGUUCCUAAAGUGCGUGGAUAAGACAGUCAUGUUUUUAUUGUGUUUAUAUAAAAAGUUGAGAUUUAAUAAGAAAACUGAUCAGGAACGCAUGUCACAGUCAACUGUAGCGAUAAUGCAACAAAAACGAAAACAAAUUCUAGCUGGUCUAUUAGCUGCACGGAAACGAGAACUACUUAUAAAGUACAGAAAGAUCAGGUGGCUCUAG